AUGAACACCAUAGAGCGUAAAAUAAGGAACGUUUUCCAAGCUCCCAAGAAAGGAGAGACUUUUGAACUUCGCAAAGGAUUGGUGUCUCAAUAUGCAUAUGAGAGAAAGGAGGCUAUUGAGCGAACAAUCUCGGCAAUGACUGUCGGUAAAGACGUUUCGGCUCUAUUCCCAGACGUUCUAAAGAACAUUGCCACUCACGAUCUUGAUCAAAAGAAACUUGUUUAUCUCUACCUCAUGAAUUACGCCAAAACCCACCCAGAACUUUGUAUUCUUGCCGUCAAUACUUUUGUCCAAGACUCCGAGGAUCCAAACCCCUUGGUCCGUGCGUUAGCCAUUCGAACCAUGGGCUGCAUUCGCGUCGAUAAAAUGGUUGACUACAUGGAACAUCCUCUUCGCAAAACUCUCAAGGAUGAGAACCCCUAUGUGCGCAAAACAGCCGCCAUUUGCGUCGCUAAACUUUUCGACCUCAACCCAGAGCUUUGCAUAGAAGAAGGCUUUGUUGCUGAGCUCCAACGUCUUUUGGGUGAUAAUAAUCCCAUGGUUGUCGCCAACACGGUCUCAGCCCUGGCUGAAAUCCAGGAAUCAGCUCCCGACACCAAGAGUUUUGUCAUCACCUCUACUGUUCUUAACAAACUUCUUUUGGCUUUGAACGAGUGCACAGAAUGGGGCCGCAUUGCUAUUCUUACCGCUUUGGCUCAAUACAAGUCGGUCAACCAAACUGAAGCCAUCCACAUUGUCGAGCGAGUUGUUCCUCAAUUUCAACAUGUUAACCCAAGUGUUGUUCUGGCCGCUAUUAAGGCUGUCAUUGCCCACCUAGACACACAAACACCAGAUUCCCGUGCUGCUCUGCUUAAGAAGAUGGGGCCUCCUCUCGUUACUCUUGUUUCGGCUGACCCAGAAGUCCAAUAUGUGGCUCUUAGAAAUAUCCAAAUCAUUUUGCAAAAGUUCCCCUCCAUUUUGGCUCGAGAGCUGAGGGUAUUUUUUUGCAAGUAUAAUGACCCGCCUUAUUUGAAGAUGGAGAAGCUAGAGAUUCUUGUCAAUAUCGCCAACUCUGGAAACUAUGGCCAGCUCUUGUCUGAGCUUCAUGAGUAUUCCAUGGAAGUUGAUAUGGACUUUGUUCGCCGUUCCAUCAAGGCCAUUGGCCAAGUCGCCAUCAAGAUUGAUGCGGCUGCCCCCAAGUGUGUGGAAAUUCUUGAGGAUUUACUGCGCAACAAGGCUGGUUAUGCUAUUCAGGAGAUUGUCAUUGUGAUGAGAGACAUUUUGCGCAAAUACAGAAACUUUGAGGGCGCAAUUGGGUCUCUAUUCCAAUAUCUUGAUGAUUUGGAUGAGCCUGAGGCCCGUGCCGCCAUCAUUUGGAUUAUGGGCGAAUACGCAGAUAGAAUAGACAAUAUUGCAGAGGUUUUGCAAGGAUACAUUUCGACUUUUAAGGAAGAGACUUCACAGGUGCAGCUCCAGCUAUUAACAGCAUGUGUCAAGGUUUACAUUAACAAGCCAGAAUCUGGCAAGCAGUUCCUUCAGAGCGUUUUACAAGCAGCAACAAGUCAGACAGAGAAUGCCGAUGUUAGAGACAGAGGCUAUAUUUACUGGAGAUUACUAUCAACGGAUGGCGAAGUUUCAAAGGAUGUUAUAUUAGCAACUAAGCCACCCUUGAACUCUACAAUCAUUCCUAUUCCUCAGGGUCUGUUGAAUGAGCUUUUAAGCGAGCUGUCCACUCUGGCGUCUGUGUAUCACAAACCAGUCAGUAGCUUUAUGGGUAGCGGCAGAUUUGGUGCGGCUGCGGUGCGGAAACUUGCGAUUGAGGAACAAAAGCAGCUGGCCAAGGAAGAGUACAUUGAUGCCGAUGCAGUUUCGCAUAACGGUGCUAAGGUGAAUGUUGAGAAUUUGUUGGAUCUUGAUUUUGACUCAGAACCCAGUGCGCCUAUUGUUUCCUCUGGCUCGCACGAAUCCAAUGAGCUUGCUGGAGUGUUUUCAGAUGGCGGCAAUAAGACGGCAAGUUCGGGCGCUAAUGGCAAGCCCAGCAACAGUGAUAUACUGAGUCUUUUUGGCAACAGCGGCAGUACUAAUAACACUGGCGUUGGGUCUACUACAGGUGCAUUUAACAAUCUCAGCAUUAAUUCUGGUAACGCCGGUGCCCCAGCAAGCGCCCCCAGUAAUGCUCCUAAGACUAAUGAAGAUUUGCUGAGUCUUUUUUAA